AUGACUCACACCUGGGAUCCAGAUCCGGCACCGCUUACCACUGCCGAAGAAGAGAUUCUGGCUGAGAGCGAGGCGGUGUCUAAGCUCAGUCAAUCGCAACUGGACUCAUUUAAUGCCUGGGUAGGAUCUAACAAUCCAGGAGUACUUAAGGCAAAGUCUUGGAUCACGAAAAGAUACGAUCUUUAUUACAACACCUUCUCUUACUCUGAGCUAGUUCUAAUGCUAAAGCGGGCCAAAUAUCUCUCUGGUAAUGUGCCCAAUAACGAGGACCAGGUCGACUUUAUCGUACGAAAGCCAGGCCUUGGCUUGCCUCUUGGCCACAUGCCUGACCAAGAGGACCGCUUCCCUUUGCUCUUCAUGGAGGAUAAUUACGAGAACGGCUGGCGAGCUGCCACUUUACUUAUCCGCGAGAGUUGUAUGCUCAAGCUCGUCAACGAGCUCUCCGAUAAGCCGGAGUGGUGGCGUAAAGUUCAAGACGAGGCCAUAUCCAGCAAGUGGAAGAAAGAGGCGUUGGAAAUGGACUGGACUUCUUAUCGGAAGCAUGCCGAUUUUACCUCCGCUAUGGCCGAUGCAUGCAUCAGCGAGCUGCGAAACAAAGCAGAGCUGUAUGAGAAGACGGGUUUAAUGCCUGUUUACGACUAUACAGCCACAGUUAUUAAAUCAGACAGUUUACUAACACCUGACCUGGCCAAAGCUCUCCAGGAGGGCGUGAAACCGCUGGAAGACGUCCCCCCAGAGUUGAAAGACUGGCAUCCCAACUCCAGCGAGCAAGUCCUGGAUCUUGUGCAUCCGUCACUGUGGCCAUUGAUGUAUGGCCGCUCCAGGGUCCUCAGUGACAGACUUAUCGACGUCGAUAACGCCCUUGCUUCUUGUGGUACUGGCGCCGUGCUACGCGCGCCGGGGUCCGAACAGACAACGCAUAUCAUCGGAGAAGGGGGAUUCUGUGAAGAUGAGGUCGUGGUGCUAUCAAAUAAGUUCCAAUGGUUGCCUUGCGAUGUCGACCUUGACCCUAAGACAGGAAAGGCCAAGAUUGUGAGUUACAUCAACAAUCUCCAUCCACAAGAACAUUCCCGACUCUAUCCUAUUAUUGAAAUGUUUAUCGAAAAGUCACUACCAGCUUGGGACAUUAUCUAUGACUGGGAAGACUCCUUUUCUGUGCAGCGCCUAACCACAGAUGAGGCCGAAUAUGAUGAAUGUCCCUGCCCUGAUCUCUGUGGUAUCGAGGACGGCUAUGGCUGCACUCCAUGGAGGCGUCCUAUUAGUGAGGAGGAAGAGCCUAGAUACGAUGUCGAGUCGUGGGGAGAAAUGCUGGCAGACGGCGAGGAAGACGAUCGUGAGCCUGAUUAUUACGAACUCGGCGAAGAGAAGGCAGAGGAUUAUAAGACGAAUGCGGUGCGCAGAAACCUGGAUGACGCUUGGUUUGCAUCAACCCACUCUGCCAAGCUCCCCGACGCCGACCCAAGCGCAAAGGACCAUGUGAGGAUCCAGCCUUCAGAUGUGAAAGCAAAUGGGUUCUUCAACAAUAGCAGUCAAAUCCAGGUCAUCGUCAAGCUUGCAAAUAUUCACCUGACGCCUGAGAAGCCCGUCUACAAUGGUGGUUCGUGGCAUACAGAAGGCCUGCUAAAUGAACACAUCGCCAGCACAGCUCUCUACUACUAUGACAGCGAGAAUAUUACAAAUUGUACUCUGGACUUCCGGACCUGCGCAGAUAAGGAAGACCUGGCUGCCGAAAUCUCCUAUGAGCAAAAUAUGCAUGAUCCAAUUGAGCGAAUUUUUGACAUUACUUUGGAUGGGUGCAUAUUUCAGGAUAUCGGUUCUGUCCUUACCAAAGCCGGGAGGGCAAUAUUCUUUCCCAACGUCUUGCAACAUCAUGUUUCGCAAUUCAGACUCGCCGAUCCUACCGAACCCGGUCACAGAAAGAUUCUCGCGCUGUUCCUUGUCGACCCAGCGAUACCCGUCAUCAGCACUUCAAAUGUACCGCCACAACAGAAGCAUUGGUGGACAAGUCAAUCAGGAUUGGAUUCUGGGCGUGGCGUGAUGCCACCCGAGCUAGUCGAAAAAGUGGUUAAUCAUAUGGACUGGCCAAUUGAUUUGGAAGAAGCCAAAAAGGUGCGCUUGGAUCUGAUGAAGGAGCGGACAUCGUUCAAAGCGGAGGAGGAAUCGAGAUUUGAGAGGAUGGAAUGGAAUUUCUGCGAGCAUUGA